GGAGUGGUGCCAUUCAACCUGGUUGUUCGCAAGGGCAACCGGCCGCAUGUGGUCCCCCUGGCAGUGCCCGAGGACGUACAGUUUGCUGCUCGUUUCAUCCAAAUGGAGGCGGCUGAACGCGCCGAGAAGGCACGCAUGAAGAAACUGGUGCUGGAGAUGCACGAAGCCCAAAAGGCCGCGGAUGAGCUGGAGUACGCGCCUCCAUCAACCCGCCUCCCUUCUCAGUCAAUCGAAAUCUGCGCCGCUGAACGGACGGUAGCCUCGCCUGAGAGAGACUGA